AUGAAUUCUCUCGAUCAAAUCGAUGAGCUUGUAAAAAGAAUAUUUAAUGGAUUUACAAAUGCAAUUAGAGCAUUUGAGAUGGAAAUUAAAAACGAUAAAGGAUUUCAGGCAGAGAAAAUUGUCGAUGAAUUAUAUACAUAUGUGACAAGUAGUGAUAUAAAUGGAUUGAUGGAUAAUUGGAAAUAUCUUAAUCUGAGAUAUUUUUCUAGAUUAGACUCUAGAUUUUUUGCAAGCGUAAAGAAGUUUGAAUUAACAACACAACAAAAAAGAAAAGAUAAAGUGUUGGAAUUUUUUGAAAUACUUGGUGCUGAAUUGAAUGAAAGUAACGAAUGGGCAAAAUGGUUUGGAUUACCAUUCUCAAAAAAUCCAGAGUCAGAUCCAAAUUUUAAAACAUUUUUCACUAGACAAUGGCUUGACACAUUUACCAUAUCGUUGACACUUCCAAGUUUAUUAUGUUUUAAUCUGGAUAGGUCGAAUAGAAAAGCUUUACAAAAUGAGAUUGACACGUUAAAAAAUGUAAUAACAAAUCUUAAAUCUCAAGUAGAAAGUGGAGAUUUAGAAAUUUCUACGUUAAGACAAAAGAUCUCACAAUCAUUAUCAAGCAAUACAAAGACAAGAAGAAGAGCAAUUUCAUUAUUUGAAUCCAAAGAAAAUAAAGAUAAUAAAAUCAAAUCACUAUCGCACGACAAUUUAUCUGUUAAUGAUAUGAAACCAAUAUUUGAAUAUGAUUAUGCGGAGGAAGAUGACUAUGAUGAGAUUGGAGUCGAAGAUGCUCAUAAUCAUACCACAGGUUAA